AUGACACUAGACACUGACACGCUCUCUCGCUAUAAGGUGAAAGAUUUACAACGCGAGCUCCAAAAACGAGGUCUAGACACGAGCGGAUUGAAGGCAGUGCUGUUUGAACGUUUACAGGAGAGUUUACAGCAGGAAGAGGUUCCAGAGACGCAGAAAGAGGAGAGACAAGAGACAGAAGAACAGAAAACGACUGAGAUUUUGGACAAUACAUUGAAGCAACAAGAGAAUGAAACGAGAGAAGACAUAGAAGAUGUCGAACGAGUAACGCAAGACGAAGAAGAAGAUGACGAGGCGUUAAAUAGAGAGGAGGAAAAGACAAAAGAACGAAAGGUUGAGACUGGUGAAGGAGGACAAGUGAAGACAAUGGUGGGGUUGAAGCGAACAAUGGAAGCAUUUGAAGACCAAGAAGAUAUGAUGGAUGCAAAGAAGCCUAAAAUAUUGCAAGAGAUGGAGGAUAAUAGCCCACAACCUGAAGACGAAGAUGGUAGCAAAUCCUUGUCAUCUUGUGAUAAUGCUGAAGCUGAUGUUACAGCCGAGGAAGAGACGACAACAAAAGAUGAAAAGAAGUGUACAAUCCGAAUUGACAACUUUGUCCGACCGUUUACGUUGAAUGCUGUCAAGGAACUCGUGCAAGAGUUUGGUGAAUUUGUGGACGAAGGUUUUUGGAUGGAUGCUAUCAAGACCCAUUGCUUCGUGACAUAUCCUAGUUCCGAGAUCGCGGAAAAAAACCAGUUGUGCGCUUGA